GAGGGCGACCUUCCUGACGCACGUGAAAGGUUACCCGGCAAAUGCAAAGAGGAGACAGGAACUCAACGUUGCGGUAAAAUUAGAUUGACGAAUUUCAGUUUUCCUUCCAUUGCAGGGAGUGAAAUUGACUAAAGUCUUGUGAAAAUUGUGAGGACUACAAAAAAACAACCAUGCCACCAAAGAGGAGACUUGCAGUGAAAAAUGAGAAGAAACCUGCAUUGCAAGCAAACGGCGAACCUACACCUCCAAAGAAAGCCAAGGUUCCUCCCACCCUCGCCCACCGCUCCUACAGAACCCAAGAGGGUCAUGUCCUGACCCUAGGUCAGGGAGAUGUGGGCCAGCUAGGAUUGGGGGAGGACAUGUACGAGAGGAAGAAGCCCACACUGGUCCCCCUGCCAGACGGUGCCCAGGGGAAGAUAGUGGAGGCCAUUGCCGGGGGUAUGCACACAGUCUGCCUAACCAGUGCUGGGGAGAUCUACACUUUUGGCUGCAAUGAUGAAGGAGCUCUAGGUCACGACACAAGCGAGGAAGGGUCAGAGUUCCAAGCCCUUAAAGUUGACCUCGCUGAGAAGGUCGUUCAGGUCAGCUGUGGAGAUUCACACACUGCUGCACUGACGGAAGAUGGCAAGGCCUACAUGUGGGGAACGUUCAGGGAUGCCAACGGUCCUUUUGGGUUGACAUCAGGUGGUACCACAGAGAAACUCCCCUAUCAGAUUCCUCUUAAAGACACUGUCGUCAAGAUCUCCUCAGGGAAUGACCACCUGUGCCUACUGACAUCAGAGGGCGAGAUUUAUUCCCUGGGCUGUGGCGAGCAGGGCCAGUUAGGAAGGAUAGCAGAAAUCUUUGCCCUACGAGGAGGAAGAAAAGGAACUGGUAUUCUUCACGAGCCCACCCUCGUACACUGCAGGAGAAUACGCGGCCACGGCAAGGUUCUAUUUGACGAUAUUUGGUGCACGGCCUACGGCACGUUUGCUAGUAUGAAAGGUGGCGGCAUCUACAGCUGGGGUCUGAACAACUACCACCAGCUAGGCUUUGAGGACACCAAGUCUUGGUUUAUGCCGGAGCAAGUCAAGGCCUUCUCGCAUCUGAGCGUCAAAGAUAUCCGAGGAGGGCAGCACCACACCCUUAUCCUAGACACCAAAGGUAAAGUGUACUCAAUCGGCCGCACUGACUACGGUAGGCUGGGUCUCGGUGACGAAUGCAAGGAGAGCUAUAAGCCGGCUCAAGUCGCUGUGCUGGACGCAGAGGAGGUUGUGACCAUCGGAUGUGGCUCCAGCAUGAGCAUCUGUACAACGAAGAAGGGUGAUGUGUAUUCUUGGGGGAUGGGGAGCAAUCUCCAGCUGGGUACCGGCGAAGAAGAUGACGAGCCAUCACCGGUUCGUGUCAGAAGCAAGCAACUAGAAAAUCGCAAGGCUGUUACCGCCUUAGCAGGAGGGCAGCAUACUGUCAUUCUGGCUUGCGAUUCAUAAAAGGUACAUUGAUUUUUUUUUUUUUUUAAUUGGGACUGAUGUAAGUACCCUCUGGAAAAAGAAUGUCAGCCAUGGAAGCUUCCCUUGAGAUUGUUUGGUAUGAAACAUGACUGAACACCUGCUAGCAUUAGGAUCAAGGUUACUUUUUGCUAUUAUAAUACGGGGAGGGGCUGGAAUAAGUUGUUCUUUGUCAUUAUUACACUCGGGCACGAGCAUUGUCUUGCGAUUGUAAAUGUUGAUUUUUAAGAAUGAAACCUUUCUUGAGCGGGGUUAUUUAUCUUCUUUGUGCUGUCUUGUCUUUGAAGUUCUUUGUUCUUCAGCCUGCUUAUGUGGUCUAUUCAGCAUCCUCUUAAACCUCGCGCUAGUGUACAUGGAAGUAAACCUUUUGGAAUUGUAGCUAUGCAAUAAAUUUCAUGCAGAGUAUGACUUUUAUUAAAUACACUUACCAGAAAUUUACAAGAUAAAGUGACUGUCUUCUUAUGACCUAGUGCCUUGUCAUUGGAUGAUCUGUGCUGUUUGAACUCAGAAGUCCACAUUUCGAUUCCACCUGAUGGAUGAUGUGAAGCCCACGAUGUUGCGUUCCAAGGCAAAUCCAGCUAUUUAAUUGAUGGCCAAACCACUGUACAGGGAACUGUCACACAUACUUUGUGUAUCCGAUGGACAGACUGGGUCAGCCAGUCUCGAGUUCAAAAAAUAUGCAUUUGAACCUUUUAUACUUUUACGCUUGGCGAAUCAAUUCACAAUGACAGGAAAAUGUCAGGGUGUGAAGCUGUGGCCAUGUUUAUUUUUUGUUCUUGUACACGUCAAUUCUGCAAGAAAUUUUAAUGCUUUUCAAUUAGCGUCAUUAAAAUUAAAAACCUUUGGACCUAAACUCAAUACAUGAACAUUGAAAUUUCAUGCUUAAACUUGUAGACCAAACUAAGAUCUUGCAAUCAAGUCUACAGUUUCUGAUGUGAUCAGACUUGGGCAAAACAGUCUGUUCUCAGAAGCAAAUUACAACUUUGUCUGCAAAUUGAUAGCAAGGAAGUGUUUCAGACAACUGAAAAUGUCUUCCAGUCUCACUUUAGUCCAAAGGUUUUCAUUAUCUUUUAAUGGUCUUGUGGUGGUGUAUUGUCCGUUCAUAGAAGUUGUGUUUUACCAUUUUGAUAUCACUGAUUAAAAUCAAAUGUGUACGUACUUAUUU